CACUGCGCCACGAUGGGAACUCCGGUAAAGCCAUUUUUUACGUAGAUAAAGCCUCUCCACGUUACACAGAAAAGAUGAGAGCCAGCCUCUCCCGCUGCCUGGCCACCCCAUUGCCCUGGAAGCGGGGGUCCAGUGUUCUGAGGACUCUGGUUCCUGCCCCUCUGCCUCACCUUGAAUUCAGAUUCGGAGCAAAGGUCCACAACGGGGUGUGGUCAACUAGCUGCCCUCAACCUUCCUCCCGGUUAGAGUGGGCAGGGUCCAUGUGGUCUUUUGUGUGGCUUCCCUGAGCAGCCUGCUGCCCAGUAGGCCAUGGCAGGAGGAGCUUGAGGCCGGCCACCAGCACCUUGUCCCUGUCCUGGGAGCAGAGGGUCGGGAAGCCCUGGGAAUUCUGCUGCCCAUGCUCAUCAGAGGCACUGCUCGCUGGGGAUGUACCAGGGAGGAGAUCCAGUCAGCUGCCUGGGCCCUGCUGCUGGCUGUGUGAUGCUGUCUCUGUGACUCCAUCGGCCUGCCUGGCCCAAGGCAGCUUGGCCUCUCACUGCCCACUUCCUACGCCUCUGACCCGGGGGUUCCCACUGAUCUAUGCCCCAGCAGGUGCUGGUCACGUGACCCAGGCUCCACUAUCCCCUGGAAAGGGAAGCGUCAGUCCGUGGGGCCUGAGCUGUGCCUCAAUGGCCCAUAGGCCAUUCUCCCAGGGGUACCUGGGUCCAGAGUGAGCCAUGAACCUGCUGGGGCGCUGGGAGACCCUCCGGGCCUGGGGACAGAGUUGCUGACUCACCCUGUCCCCUUCCUGCCCCAUGACAGAGGCAUGGGGCUCUUGUUCUCACCAUCCCAUCAGUCCUAGGAGGGCUACCCUGUUCCUGCAUUGGACCCCAUAGGGCCACGGUCAGCACCCAGGUCUCCCUGAGGAGGCUCAUCCCUGCCCUCCUCGUUGUCUCCACUGUGGCCUGUGAGUAUGGCAUGGUGCACGUGGUAUCGGAGACUGGGGGCCCCAAAGGCAAGGACUACUGCAUUCUCUACAACCCGCAGUGGGCCCACCUGCCGCACGACCUCGGCAAAGCCUCUCUGCUGCAGGUUCGGGACUGGACGGGCUCCGUGCUCUGCUCUCCAUCAGACCUGCCAGUCAAGGGCUUCAGCAACCAGAUCCCACUGGUGGCACGGGGGAACUGCACCUUCUAUGAGAAAGUGCGGCUGGCCCAGGGCAGCGGGGCACGUGGGCUGCUCAUCGUCAGCAAGGAGACACUGGUCCCCCCAGGAGGCAACAAGACGCAAUAUGAUGAGAUUGGCAUUCCUGUGGCCCUGCUCAGCUACAGGGACAUGCUGGACAUUUUCGAGACUUUCGGCCGGACGGUGCGGGCGGCGCUGUAUGCACCCAAGGAGCCGAUGCUGGACUACAACAUGGUCAUCAUCUUCAUCAUGGCUGUGGGCACUGUCGCCCUGGGGGGCUACUGGGCCGGGAGCCGGGACGUGAGGAAGAGGUACAUGAAACACAAGCGGGACGAUGGGCCCGAGAAACAGGAGGAUGAGGCCGUGGACGUGACGCCCGUCAUGAUCUGUGUCUUCGUGGUCAUGUGCUGCUCCAUGCUUGUGUUGCUCUACUUCUUCUACGACCAGCUUGUCUAUGUUAUCAUCGGGAUCUUCUGCCUGGCCUCCUCCACUGGCCUGUACAGCUGCUUGUCACCCCUCAUCCAGAGGCUGCCAUUCUGCAAGUGCAGGGUCCCUGACAACAGCCUGCCCUACUUCCACAAGCGGCCUCAGGUCCGCACGCUGCUCCUGGCGCUGCUAUGCGUGGCAGUCAGCGUGGUGUGGGGUGUCUUCCGGAACGAGGACCAGUGGGCUUGGAUCCUUCAGGAUGCUCUGGGCAUUGCCUUCUGCCUCUACACAUUGAAAACCAUCCGUCUCCCCACAUUCAAGGCCUGCACACUGCUGCUGCUGGUGCUCUUCAUCUACGACGUCUUCUUCGUGUUCAUCACACCCUUCCUGACCAAGAGUGGGAACAGCAUCAUGGUGGAGGUGGCUACUGGGCCGUCGGACUCGGCUACCCACGAGAAGCUCCCCAUGGUUCUGAAGGUGCCCAGACUGAAUGCUUCACCACUGGCCCUGUGUGACCGGCCCUUCUCCCUCCUGGGCUUUGGGGACAUCCUGGUCCCAGGGCUGCUCGUGGCCUACUGCCACCGCUUUGACAUCCAGGUGCAAUCCUCCAGGGUCUACUUCGUGGCCUGCACCAUCGCCUACGGCAUUGGCCUCCUGGUGACGUUCAUGGCGCUGGCCCUCAUGCAGCGCGGCCAGCCCGCCCUCCUCUACCUGGUGCCCUGCACUCUCGUCACCAGCUGUGCCCUGGCGCUCUGGCGCAGGGAGCUGGGCAUGUUCUGGACGGGCAGCGGCUUUGCGAAGGACCUACCUCAGCCUGCAUGGGUACCUGCUGCGGCUGAUGGCCCUCAGUCCCGGGCGGACUCGGACACCACCACCGCCCAGCAGCCUCCCGGGCAGGAAGCACUCCCGGCCUCCCUGCCAGCUGAGCAGUCCCCAGAACCUCCUGUACCCAAGGAGACCGAGGCCAGUGCACCCCCCCGGGAGCCUGAGAGCCCCACCGGCCUUGCCCCCAAACCUGCAGGCCUACCUGACCCCUCGGCCUAGGGGAAGGCACACAGACUCAGACUUUCACCACCGGCCCCCCGCGCCCAGGACUGGACCCGCCUGGCCCCCAACUUGGUGCUCUGGUCUGGCCGAUGUGCGCGUCCUCUUCUUCCUGUCUGGCUGCACCCCGGACCCCAGCCCUGCUCUGAGCCUGAGCGGCGCUGCACAAGCCCCUGCCGGCCCAGGCCCUCAGGCCAGCUCCGCAGUCUUCCUGUCCGGGUGGGGCCCCGGGGAGGGUGGUGGCAGACACGCCCAGUUUGGUGCUUCCCUGGCUGCUGCUUCCCUUAGGUCCUAGGGCCUGAGAGGGAGGACCUCUGCCUCCUGAGGGAGGGACGUUUUUGUCCAGCAGGGCCCCAGGGGUUUGGACUCCAGUGUCGCCUGCUAGGUGGGGUCUGGACACCCCCACUCUGGGUUGGGGGCAUGAGGAGGGGGCCUGCGGUGAUCUCCAAUCCCUGCCCCACAGCCAUUCAUUGCCAGGAAGCGCCCAGCGCCUGUGCUCAAGCUCCUCCGUGUUUUAAUAAACGGCCACGACUUUUUGAAAUACUUGGUAGUGUCGCCUCUUGGGGCACGAGUCCCUGGGACUGCUCCUCUCAGGGGCAGGGCUGGCGCCAGGCCAGGGCCCAUUUUGCCUUUCCGCUUAGAGGAACUUGGCCCCCACCCUCGCCAUGGGCAUCUGCACGCUCUCAGCCCCAUCCAGUGCACGCACCUCAGCCUCCAGCUACAGCAAAGGCGGGGAGCUUCUGGAAUGUGGGAGGAUAUUUGGAACUGGCGUUAUGUCUUCUACCUCACCGACAGGGUUCUCUGAACCUCAGGACAGAUGCCGCCGGCCCCCAUGUCACCGUCUGGCGACAGAGCCCUGCCUGCUCCUCCCCAUCCAUGACGAGAGGGAAGGCACAGACCCUCUGGCUCCAGGGCCAGCUCUGUGUCCCUCUGGUCCCGCCACUGUGCUGCAGAUGGCAGGUGGGGGCCAAACCACAAUCCAUUCCAAACAAUACCAGCGCCAGACAGACUCACCCUCUCUGUCAGCCACACCUUUCGAGGGAGAAAUGAUGUUUAUUCCUAAAAAAUCAGACGACAGCUUCCACCUGGUUAGGUAUGUUUCUUAAAAAGAAACUGGUGUGUGGGUGGGGGUGGAGCAGCUGGACCUGCCAGGACCCACGGGAGACCGUGGCCUUGGAGCUGGACCUGGGCUGCAGGCACAGGGCAGCCUCGGGGGAGGGCCCCAGUCUAGCCUUCCUCUAAGCCAUUUUGUAUGAUGGUGUAAGAACGCGGAAUCUAUUCUUUUCUGUUUUGGAAGUUUGACAAAUGUCAAGGAAUUCAAAGGCAGAUGUUAGUUCCUGAAGUUUCCGUUUGCGGUUUUUGCCUUGCUUCUGUUCGAAUCUUAUAAUUAAAUACAGCUUUUGAUAUUUA